AUGGGGCAGCAGGUCUCACAUCCGGCCGCGGUGACGCAGCCGCCGGGCGAACGCGCGAAGCUGCGCCCUCUACAAGCGCCGUACGUGCCGCUCUGCGACGUCCUCAAGGCUGGUGACGUGGAAGACGCUAAAGACGCAAUGGAUAAGAUCCUCGAGUUCGGCGAUGCGCUGCGCUACCUCCCAAGAGAGAGUGAAGUAUCCGGACGUCUGCUGACGCGCAGUCCGGAGCAACAGAUGAAGGAGCUAAUAAACACCGUAGACUCCGUAGACGAGUUAUUCCAGCAUAUCUCCCAGCUGGCAGGGCUGCCGAUGCACGACGGACGCGACCUAGCACGCCCUGACGCCAAACGGGACGCUGGCGAGACAAUGCCUGGAGUGUUCGACGCCCGCGUGGCCAGCUACGUGAAGAACUUGCAGUCUUGUCGCCGCCGCCACUGCCAAUACCGACGCAAACCUGUCUGA